UCAAUAUCUAUUUAUGUAGGAAUCCGAAUCCCCAAUCCCAAUCCAUUCAUUAAUCGUUUCGUUCGGUUCGGAAAACUUAGUUUGCGCUAGCGCUAAAUUAGCGCUGCCUCUGUAGAUGAUUAUUAUACAGCUGAUCCGCCUAUUAGAAUAACUGGUUCAAGUAUUACAUUGUGAGGUGGUUUAUAUCAUCAAUUUAUUCUUCAUAUCGACAAUAAUCAAGUGUUGUAUAGGUUAAUUUGUGCAACUGGACUCUGGACAAAGUUCGUUAUGGCUGCUUUGAAGAAAACAAAAAAUCUUAAACUCCUUACCGGCUUAGUGCCUAGAUAUUGCCCCCAACUCACAGCUAGAAGAAACUUAAAUCUACAAGAAUUUCACAGUAAGGACUUGCUGAGAAAGUUUCAGGUUUCUAUUCAAGACUUUAGAAUAAUCGAUUCUAAAUUGGACACAAAACCUUUGGCGGAUUUUAAAGCUGAUGAAUACGUUGUCAAAGCUCAGAUCCUAGCUGGUGGACGCGGUAAAGGCCAUUUCGACAAUGGUUUUAAAGGAGGUGUUCACCUGACCAAAAACCGUGAUGAAGUUUUCAAUCUAGCUAAAAAUAUGAUUGGACACAAGUUGAUCACGAAACAAACACCUAAGGAAGGAAUACUGGUUGACAAAGUGAUGGUAGCAGAGAGUGUUAACAUCAAGAGGGAGACAUACUUCAGCAUAGUGAUGGAGAGAUCCUACAAUGGUGCUGCUAUUGUGGCGUCCCCUGCUGGAGGUAUGGACAUUGAAGCAGUGGCAGAGAAAACCCCACAUCUCAUUAAAACUCUGCCUAUUGAUAUCUAUGAGGGUAUCACUGACAAGAUGGCUAAUGAAGUUGCAGAGUUCUUGGAAUUUAAAGGGGAACUUAAAGCAAAGUGUGCUUCGGAACUACAGAAACUUUGGCAAUUGUUUUUGAAUGUGGAUGCUACUCAGCUGGAGAUUAACCCUCUAGUAGAGACCGAUGAUGGAAGAGUUAUCUCUGUGGAUGCUAAACUCAACUUUGAUGACAAUGCUAGCUUCAGGCAAAAAGACAUUUUCGCCCUUGAUGACUUAUCAGAGAGUGAUCCUAAAGAGAGAGAAGCUGCUGCCCACAACUUGGUGUACAUUGACAUGGAUGGCAGCAUUGGAUGCAUGGUCAAUGGAGCUGGUCUAGCCAUGGCCACUAUGGACAUCAUCACUCUAAAUGGAGGAAAGCCAGCCAACUUCCUGGAUCUUGGUGGAGGUGUUGGACCAAAACAAGUAUCAAUUGCACUGAGAAUAUUGGAAUCAGAUCCCAAAGUGAAAUCCAUCUUUGUCAAUGUCUUUGGUGGUAUAGUCAAUUGUCUCACAAUUGCUGAGGGUAUCAUCACAGCAUGCAAGGAAAAUCCUCCUAAACAUCCUUUAAUCAUCAGAUUGGAAGGAACAAACUCAGAUGCAGCUAGGGAACUGCUUGAAAACUCAGGUCUUCCUCUUAAAAUCGUCCAGGAUGUGGACCAAGCAGCUAAAACAGCAGUUAGCCUUGGACAGUAAGAAAAAUGAUAAAUUGAAAAAUUGCAUAGACAAUUCUUUGAUUUACAUUUAAAUGCAAACACUCGAAAAUUCCAUUACUGUCCCAAAUAUUUUAAAUGUACAAACCGCAUAGAGUAUUGUGUAGUCUCUUAAAAAGUUACGUAACUUCGGAAACAGUUUUUGCGAUAUACUAAGGUAUUAGUUCUGCUAUAAGGAGUUCUGACAGUAGCAUGUGUAAACAAAGAAUAAGAUGCGAACAAGAGAUGUAAACAUAGGAAAAUAUGCCUAACAUACUGUAAAUAUGUACUUACAUUGUACAUUGUCAUUGACUAAAAAUACAUAAUUUUAGAAGACUGAAUUUUUGUUCUAACCUGCUAAUGAAAUUAGAAAUUCUAGUACUUAAGUACUUGUGUUUAUGUAAAUCAAAUGUAUUGCCAUGAAUAAUGUUAUAUUAUGAUGUUUUGUAUAUAGUUUAUAAUAUAUAGCACAAAGAAA